AUGGAAGCUCUCCCAACCGGCCACGCAACACAUAAGAUGCAGCAGAGACUACGAGGGCCCACUAAAAUAAACUCUCAGAGCUAUGGAACAAGGGGUAUUGAGCGUAGGAGGGGUAUGAGUACUCCUCAAAAACAAGCGACUCAAGUUGGCAAGAGAGAGCUCAGCCUUAAUGCGGAAGAUGCCUUCACAAUAGGAUGUCCUCAAAACCCAAAGGUUCUCGGUGGUGCGCCUCACAGCUACCUUUCACUUGAUAAUGAGAGGAGAAGCUCUACAACAACCUUGAAGCUACACAGAAGAGGAGACCGAGUGGAGUGA